AUACAAGAGUGAUAUAAUAAAGAGAAUGAGAAUUGAUUGAUACUCUGUUAUUACAUGCUCGAUGCAGAGAAAAAGAUGGCGGCGGUGAAGAGAAUCGGAGUGGUGGGUGGCGGCCAAAUGGGAUCGGGAAUAGCCCAAGUCGCAGCCAUGAAUGGCAUCGACGUUUGGCUCUACGACCUCGACCCACGCGCGCUUUCCACCGCGUCCUCUGCAAUCGCUUCCUCCAUCACACGCCUCGUUUCCAAAUCGCACCUCGCUAAGGGCUCUGGCGAUGAUGCGCUGAAACGACUGCGUUUGACCUCGAAUUUGGAGGAGUUGAACCUUGCCGACUUCAUUAUCGAAGCUAUUGUAGAAUCGGAGGAUGUGAAGAAAAGUUUAUUUGUUAAAUUGGAUAAGAUAGCUCAAAAAUCCGCAAUUUUGGCGUCCAACACCAGUUCCAUUUCCAUCACUCGCUUAGCUUCUUCUACGACAAGGCCGCGUCAGGUGAUAGGAAUGCAUUUUAUGAACCCUCCGCCUUUGAUGAAGUUGAUUGAGAUUGUGCGAGGCGCUGACACUUCUGAAGAGACAUUUGUUGCUACGAAAGCGUUGUCGAAAAGGCUUGGCAAGACAGUUAUAACCUCUCAGGAUUAUUCAGGCUUCAUAGUAAAUCGAAUCCUAAUGCCUAUGAUAAAUGAAGCAUUUUUUUCUCUAUAUACUGGUGUUGCAACCAAAGAGGAUAUUGAUACAGGAAUGAAGCUGGGUACUAACCAUCCAAUGGGUCCUUUAGAGCUUGCAGACUUCAUUGGGUUGGAUGUGUGCUUGUCAAUAAUGAAAGUUCUUCAUACUGGCCUUGGAGACAAUAAAUAUGCACCCUGCCCUCUGCUUGUGCAGUAUGUUGAUGCUGGCCGACUUGGAAGAAAACGAGGUAUUGGCGUGUAUGAUUACCGUGAACCAAGGUCUACAGAAUCAUCUUCCCGUCUCUAAAAUGUUUGGUUGGCUUGGAAGAAUGAGUUUUCUAUACUCCAUGUUUUAAUGUCUGAAUGUGGGGCACACAGCUCAAGUUGAAUACUUGAAUGGAAUGCAGUCAUGUGAUCUCUUUUCCUUUGCACGUGUCGUAGUUUUGAGAGCAGAAACUGUUGUCAUAAGAUUAAUUUGUGUGCAUUUACUGAUACUUAUCCAAUUCAUGUUGUUAUCAAGAUGGUUGGUCCCUCACUUUGAGCUUCAAUCUAGAGGGAAUUAGCUAUUCUUUCAUGUGUAAUCUGCAGUGUUACUGUGCUGCAGACUGCUUAGAGUUUGUGCUUUUUCUCAAUAUGAAAUAGUAUAUUCAGAUUCAUGAGGAAAAAGAAAACAGUACUUUGAAAACUGAAGGCAGUUUGUAUUGAGUUCAGUACAAGCAUUUUGCGGAAAGUGUACAUUUCAAGUUCAUCAACGCAAAGGGUGAGGGAGGAGGAUCCUCUUCAUUCACUGGAUUACCAUUACGAGAGAGACACGCAUAUUUUGUAGGUCCUAAUGGACCGUCCAGUAAAUUA